CCGGCCCCGGCUUAAUCGCUUUUCCUGGCGGCUCGUCAGCGUCCCCCUCCCCUAAAGUCGGGCCCGGUGUCGGCUCAUCCCGCUCCCUGAUGCGGAACUCCGGCGUCCGGGCCUCGCAGAAGCCGCCCGAGGUGGCUGCGCGGCCUUCUAGAGCCCUGGUCCAGCCCCCUGCCCACCGAAGCGUGAUCCUCUUUUCUGUCCCAAAGAAUUUGGCCCAACAGCCUCCCGCGCCCUCUACUGACGUUUCUGUUUGGGGGUCUCUGAUUCCCUGGGCGGAGAUCCCGGUCGGGUCUCCGGUCAGCAUCAGCCACUGGAACACCGAGUAUUUAUUUUACUGUUAAUCCGCAUCUUGCCAUCUCUGUCCCUUCUCCUCUCCAUCGGCUCCGCUUUAGGGGCAACGUCAUGGUUCCUGUAAGCGCGCUUUUAGCUCCUAAGGUUCUUGCUUUUCCAAAUCAAGAAGACAGUGCUCGAAACCAGGGGACAUCAGCCAUGCACCAAACAACUUGGCCUCAGAGCUUGACCGGGGACACGUUGUUUCAGGAGCCGGUGACCUUUGAGGACGUGGCCGUGUACUUCACCCAGAAUCAGUGGGCCAGCCUGGACCCCAUGCAGAGGGCCCUGUACCGCGAGGUGAUGCUGGAGAAUUAUACGAACAUGGCUUCCCUGGCAUUUCCAUUCCCCAAACCUGUUCUGGUCUCCCACCUGGAGAGAGGGGAAGCGCCAUGGGGCCCAGAUCCCUGGGAAGCAGAGGUUUUGAGAGGCAUCUGUCCAGGUGGGGAGUCCCGGAUCAAGAACGAAGAGCCGGCUGGAAAGCGGGAAGCCUCUGAAGAGGCACAGUGGCACAGAAUGCCAGGAGGAGGGCUUCUCAGAGACGUCUCCCAGCACUUCGACUUUAAAAGCAAGGCGACGUGGCAGACUUUCAGCCUGAAUCCGAAUCUGAUACUUCGGGGGGGAAUGAAGUUCUAUGAGUGUAAAGAAUGUGGGAAAAUCUUCAGGUACAACUCAAAGCUGAUUCGGCACCAGAUGAGUCACACCGGGGAGAAGCCCUUCAAAUGUAAGGAAUGCGGCAAAGCCUUCAAGUCCAGCUAUGACUGUAUUGUCCAUGAGAAAAACCACAUCGGAGAGGGGCCCUACGAAUGCAAGGAGUGCGGCAAAGGUUUGAGUUCCAACACGGCCUUGACGCAGCAUCAGAGGAUCCACACUGGAGAGAAGCCGUACGAGUGCAAGGAGUGUGGAAAGGCCUUCCGCAGGAGCGCAGCCUAUCUCCAGCAUCAGAGAUUGCACACUGGGGAGAAACUCUAUAAAUGCAAAGAGUGUUGGAAAGCUUUUGGCUGUAGGUCACUCUUUAUCGUCCACCAGAGGAUUCACACAGGGGAGAAGCCCUACCAGUGUAAGGAGUGUGGCAAGGCCUUCACUCAGAAGAUAGCUUCCAUCCAGCAUCAGAGGGUCCACACCGGGGAGAAGCCCUACGACUGCAAGGUGUGUGGGAAAGCGUUCAAAUGGUAUGGCAGUUUUGUUCAGCACCAGAAAUUGCACCCUGUGGAGAAGAAGGCCGUCAAGGUUCUUGGGCCAUCCCUGAGGAGUCCCCAGUGCCCCUCUUCAGCCCUGUCUGCUGUUCCUCUCCAGGGCCCAUGCUCUGCUCCAGCCGUGGCCGUGCCUUCACUGACCUUUCCACAUGCUGUGCUCGUCCCUACCUCUGGGCCUUUGUUCAUGCUACUGCCCGCGUCCGGAAUGCCUUCCUCGCCUGUCCAAAUAGUGCAUGUCUUCCAGGGCCUUCCUCCCCCUGUGAAGCCUUCCCCAGUUAUUCUGACCCCUUCCCCACACCCGUCCUGAGCUUUAUCUCGGCACCCUUGAGGCUCUUAGGCCCAGCACAUCUUCAGCCUCGCUUGUUUUGUUUGUAUUUUUUUUCUCUGUUUACAUGCAUUACAGUUGUUUCGGCAUAAACUCCAUUAUAAUCUAUAUAUAUUGAAAGACUAUGUUUGUAGAUUUUUCCUCCGGUAGAGAGUGUAACCACUUGGCUUUUGCACUGGCCUCUCAGGCUUUCGCAGGAAUGGCUGGAUCCGCACUGUGGGGGUGCUGAUGUUGGAAGUGCUGGUAGGACACUUUGUUGCAUUGGAGUGUCUGGGAGAGAGCCCCGCCCCCGCCCCCGCCCCCGCCCCCGCCCCCGCCCCCGGCUAGGUCAUUGUGAUUGGAGCCAGGCAGCCCCCGGGGAAGCCAGGAGGCUGCCAGGAACUUGGGGCAGGCUGGGAAGAGCGCUGCGAUCUGCUUCCAGCAGCGGACUCAGAAAUUAGUGCAGAUUGCUCAGCGGGCUAAGGUGGUCCAUUAACAGAACUGAGGUUAUGUUGCCCUCGGCGCGGGUCAUUGAGCGUCUCCUGUGUCUGUGCAAAAGGUCAUGUGAAAUAACCAGUGGAAAACAACCGUGUGUAUGCAGUAACAGCGAUCAUUUAUGUGACUGAGAGCAAUCAUGUCUUUAAACACAAAACGGUUUUUUUUUUUUUCCCCUGUAGUUUUGCUCUGGAGAUCUAGACGUUUCUUUUUAACUUUUCCUAAGUAAAUAUACACCAAGGUA